AUGGCCAACACUGUCUCGUGCAGGACCGUCGAGCCUCUGCUCUCCAUCUGCUGCCAGCAGCUGAGCGGCACAGUCCAAGGCGACCAAUGCGUCCUUUCGCUGGCUAACAGCCCGGAAAUCGGCGGCCGCUUCCAGGGCUGCGCCCAGGGCGAGAGCAGCACCUGCUCCGACGGCAGUGUCCACGACGGUGUCUCCGGCGGCCUCGGUGUGACCACUCCCGUCACCGGAACUACCAACGCGACCUCGGCCGUGGGCGGGGAAGACCCCUCCGCCUCCUCGGCAACAGGGACUGAGAGCGCGAGCGCCAGCGCUUCAAGCGAGUCGGGAUCGGCAAGUGACGGAUCGUCGUCGGACAGUGCGUCGCCUACUGGCACUGCCUUCAGCCAGUCCAGCGACGCCGGGACUACCAGCGGCAGCGACACGGCCGCUGCUGUCCCAGCGGAUGGGUCGACCUCCAAGGGCCCUCAGACCCUCAAGUCUUCUGCUGCAACUGGCCCCAGUCCCUCCAAGACCGCCGGCGCAACGAGCUCCUCGGACAAGGCGUCCGCCAGUCGCUCAGGCGCAAGUGCCGGCAGCGCCCUGCCCUCGCCUUCGAGUUCCGCCCGUGUCGAGCGCCGUCUCAGCGUGCUCGCUCUUCUCGGUGCCGUUGCUCUCGCCAUGCUUGCGCAGUAA